UUUGAGUCUGUGCCUGGGUGUGAGCUCCUCCAGGUGAUCUCUCGUAUUUGCAGUUGAACAUGAGAACAUCGACCAGAGCAAACAGCCAGACACUGAGCAGAUAGACUCUGCUGGCUAUGGUCAGCUCUCAAUUUGACCAUCAUACUAUCCACAAUGCUGGCAAGCGUAUCAACCUAUGUACUUCCAAGCAGACUGGCCUUUCCUGUGUUCAGGUAGAGCUGGAGGUACCCACUGUCUCUGGCUACUUCACGCUUGCCACCGAGUGCUUUAAUGACUCUGGCUCACCGCACACGCUUGAACAUCUCAUAUUCCUGGGCUCUGAGCAGUACCCUUACAAAGGUGUCCUAGACUCACUUGCCAAUCGUGCAUUCGCGCAAGGCACAAAUGCUUGGACCGAUACAGACCAUACGGCCUACACCAUCGAGACCGUUGGGCAGGAAGGCUUUCUUAGACUGCUGCCAAUCUUUGUGGAUCACAUCUUGUACCCUACGAUGACAGCCUCUGGUUGUUAUACAGAGGUCUAUCACAUCAAUGGCAAGGGCGAAGACGCAGGUGUCGUCUACAGCGAGAUGCAAGGUGUCGAGAACACAGGUCCCAAUUUGAUGAGCUUGCGUGCCCAACGUGCCUUGCAUGGCCUUGAGAGUGGUUAUCGCAGUGAGACGGGUGGUAUUUUGAGUGAGGUUCGCAAGCUCACCGUGGCUGAGAUUCGUGCCUACCACGCAAAGUACUACCAGGCGAACAAUCUCGUCUUGGUCAUCACAGGCAAAGUUGAUCAAGCAGCACUUUUGGGGACAUUGCAGGGGGUCGAUGCGACCAUUCUUGGGCAUGGUCCUGUGAAUUUGACAGGUCCACGGCCGUGGGUCGACUCUCAUCCAGUCUUCCAAUUGAAACAGACAAGCAAAGAAACCGUUGCUUUUCCAGAGGAAGACGAGUCUAUGGGCGAAAUUGCCAUUACCUGGCCAGGUCCAUCUGUUGUGGACUACAUUGAUCACUAUGCCAUUGAUAUGCUGGGCAUGUAUCUUGCUCACAGCGCCGUCUCUCCUAUGCAAGCGGCUCUUGUCGAGCUGGAGGAUCCACUGUGUACAGAUGUCGACUUUUAUUUGUCCGAUCGACUUCGCAGUACUUUGACAGUCUCACUUGCGUCUGUCCCAGUCGAGGACCUCGAUAAGGCCGAAGCCGUGUUCUUUGAGACCAUUGAACAGGUGCUCUCGAAGGACUUGGACAUGGAACGUAUGGCGCAUCUCAUUCGCAAGGAUAAGCUCAAGGUGACAAAUGUCGUCGAGACAGACCCUCAUGGCGCUUUUUCGACCCCUAUCAUUACAGACUUCAUCUAUGGUACCCGCGAUGGUGCUUCAUUGAGCAAGGCGCUCGACGAUGUUCAAAUACUGGACGAGCUUUCUACCUGGUCAUCUGGAGACUGGCAAGCGUUCAUGCGAAAGUGGCUCGUUGAAGCACCUCACCUGACUAUUUUUGGCAGACCGAGUGCUGCUCUUGCCACUAAAUUACAACAAGCGGAAAAGGAUCGGAUCGCUGCGCAAGCUGCCAAAUUUGGCGAUCAGGGUCUCAAAUCUCUUGCUGAGAAGCUCAAGCAGGCGCAAGAGGAAAAUGACCGACCGAUGCCAGAGGAGAUGAUUGCCUCAUUCCCGGUACCACCUAUUUCGUCCAUCAACUUCAUCACGCAAGAGACUGCUCGUGGUGGCAUUCUUGAAUUGCCAAAGCUCGAUAAUGCAAGUCAGCGCCUCGUCGAUGAAGACGACACGUCUCUGCCGUUCUUUGUGCAAUUUGACAACACGCAUCCAUCAGAGUUUGUGAGCAUCAAUUUGUACCUGACUUGCUCUUCAGUCUCAAGCGAGCUCCGUCCCUAUCUGUCCAUUUUCCUACAAACAUUCUUCCUCAACCCACUCAUCAAAGAUGGGGUGGAGAUUGACUAUGAGGAUGUCGUCACAAAGCUCGAAGCGGAUACGCUGUCUUACUCGGCCUCCUUCGGUUCUGGCUCUGGCUUUGGUGAGAUGAUUCGCAUCAAGCUGAAGCUGGAGGUUUCAAGCUACGCCCUCGGCAUUACCUGGCUGCAGGACUUGAUUUACAAUGCUGACUAUCAAGCUGAACGUAUCGGAGUCGCAUUGAGCAAGGUUCAGAAUGACCUGCCCUCAUACAAGCGUGAGGGCGAUUCAGUUUCGUUGGCCGUCCUGGGCGCAUUGCAGCUCGAUGCAACAAAGUCUGUGGCUCGUGCUGCAAAUCUACUCGAUCAAACGCUCUUCCUCGAUAAGCUCGAGGACGAGCUCGAGGAAGAUGAAGAAGCCGUCUUGAGCAAGUUUGAUCAAAUCAGAAGUCAACUCUUCCAACCCGCCAACAUGCGUGUCCAUGUCGCAGCCGACGUCGCGCGUCUUCAGGGACCCCUUUCCUCUUGGCAAGCAUUCGGACCUGGACCCGCUUCGCGUGGUCAAAAGCGUCCCCGAACAGAUUCGCAGGGACAGUCGGAUGGCACUGCCAAGCUUCAGAAAAUCACCCUUUCUCAGCAUUGUUUGACGCCAUAUGGGCAACGUCCAAACGGGCAAGCGCAAGUCAUCAGUAUCUCGACCGAUUCUGCCUUCGUUCAACUCUUUGCAAGAAGUCUCAACAUCUUCAACGAUCCAGAUCUACCGGCACUGCUUGUGCUCAUUGCAUAUCUCAAUGCGAUGGAGGGUCUGCUUUGGAAACACAUUCGUGGUGCUGGACUGGCAUACGGUGCUGAUCUCAAGCUGGACCCUGAAUCAGGCUGUGUCUACUUUUCCCUAUAUCGCGCUGCAGACCCCAUCAAAGCACUUCAAACGGCAGCGACAAUGCUGCGUGCGCUAGUUCCUGGCAACACGAGCAGAUCGGACGGGUUGAGCGUACUCAUGAUUGAUGGCGCUAAAUCGAGUCUUGUGUUCGACUUUGUUUCUCGUGAGUCGUCCGCAUCUGCGGCUGCGCACCAGUCAUUCAUCAACCAAGUCCUCAAAGGCCAAUCUGCCUCCUACCGGCGCGAUCUAUUGAAAGCCAUACAGAAGGUAGAGAUGCAAGAGAUGGAGGCUAUGCUGAAGAAGCACCUUGUACCCCUCUUCGAGCCGAGCUCCUCUAAUCUGGUAUGUGUCGUUGGCAGUAGUAAAGUCCAGGAGUGUGAGUCUGGUUUCAGCGAGAUGGGCUACGCAACCAAGGCAUGCUCACUAGAACAAUUUGAACAGCAGUACAUCAAGGGAGACAAGCUAUAGACAGGUGUGCUUGUAGAAUCUUGUGGAUUUAUAUCCUUCCUCGAAGAUCGAACGAGGGCCUAACCAAUUUCUGAGCGGCGAGGUUGGCACCCUACCAAUUCCUAGAGUCACAAUGGCCCUGGCCCUCAGAAGGACCGUCCUCCUGCGCUGAUGCAGUUGAGCGUCCCAAAUAUCCCUGCCAGGAAGCAGCACUGGACCUAGGUCUGAGCCGUCAACAAA